AUGAUGACGGGUGGCGGCGCAGCCGGUGGCAAGAAGGUCAGCGCCCUGGUUCAGGAGCAGCUGCAGUAUUGCCGCUCUCUCCGUCGGGCGGACAUGCUAUCGGCGGUCCAGAACGUCGCCACAGACGAAGAGUGCCUCAAGCAGGCAAACUCCCUCAUCAUGCUGCUCAAGGCCGACGUACGGGUGCUCAACGCGUGUGCUGCGAGACUCCUGCUUCCUUCAGAGGCAGCGAUAGUCACAGAUUCUGCUACGAGCGAAGUACCUCGCAGCGCCUACAACGUGGAAACCAUCGAGCGACUAUUCCGGAGGUUUCGGCAGGUGGACACUACCGAUACCAGCGGCAGCAGCAUCCAAGCCGUCUCCGCCACGAACCAGCUCCUUCUCAUCCGCGAGAGGCUCCAGGCGGGGCUGAGCUCUCGCCUUCUGGAGCUCAAGACGAAGAUGGACAAGGAGUUCGGCACCGCCUUCGUCGAUAUGGAGAGCUACCUCAGGAUGGAGAAAGACACCCAGGCGAAGUCGGAUGCGGAGCACUGCUCUGCGUGCGCGAGAUACUUUGUCGAGCUCUGCUACAAGUUCCAGGUGAUGGUGCACGCCUGCCGAGGGCUCCGCGCGGCAAAGGAAGGCCUGAACCAAACGGUUCUGCUCAAGGCCCUGAGGGAGGAGAGAGACUCGCUGGCGAAGCGCCUGGGGGACUGCGAGGCGGACCUCAAGAGGAUACACCACAGCUACACCGAGAUGAUGAACCCUGACAUGGCGGUGGGCCUCGAGAACCGACAGCGACACAAGAUAGAGGAACAAGACGCUGACUUGAGCCGGCUGAGAGCGGAGAUAGUGUCCCUGAAGAGAGAUCACGAGCGGUUGCUGGCGGAGAACGGCCGGUCUUCAGACGCCGUCGGGGAGCUGCAGUCGCAGGCUCAGUCAAACAAGGAGCAGCACGCGAGGGAACUGGCGUGGCUAACCCCGAAGGUUGCCGCGGCCGAGAGCCGAGCAGUAGAGAUCGAGGGCUUGGUGGACCAGAUGAACCUCAAGCUCUCGCUGCUUAGCGCCAGCCACAGGAAGGCCUCCGAGGAAGUCGCAGACCUCAAGAUUCAGCUAUCUCUGGCGAAAGCGGACGGUCCCGGUGCGAAGCUUUCAGAUCUGCAGGGGGAGGCCGCGGAGUGCCGGAACGUUAUCAGAAAGCUCAAGGGGGCGCGGAUUUUGUGCGAGAAGCAGAGAGACGACGUGGCACGUCGACUAGAGGGCGUGCAAGGGUCGUUGGCUUCUGCCGAGCAGAGAGAGCUCGAGACGGCGGAGCAGCUGCGGCAGACGCAGGAGGAUCUCGCCUUGAAAGCGGAGGAGAACGGCAUCAUGCAAGAAAGGUUGGACAAUCAGGAGAUGGAGCUCCGAGACUAUUCCAACCUCCAGAAGGAGUUCAACACCUUGAGUCUGAAAAACAAGGACUUGGUGUAUCGCGUGGCGACGGUCAACGGUCUCCUUGAGGUGGGAACUGCUGCCAUCACGUCACAUGAUACUUCAUUCUACCGCAUGUUGCGUACAGUUCCCCCACAUGAAGGGAGACCGUUGCACUCACAGGCGGCGUGUGGCAGGCACCGGUGUCAUUUCGACUUGCGGUAG